UUGAAACGAGACCGGUAGCUGUAAUUAAUGUUCUUUAAUUUAAUUUGAACUUAAGAUCCAUUUGUUGAAAUGAUAAUCGCUAAGAACAUAGUUUUCAGAAGUGUUUUACUACUGAUUGCAAUAAUUAGUGGUGCACACUCAUACAAGAUUCUCGGAAUAUUUCCCUCUAUGUUAAAAUCACAUUUUUUUGUGGGAAAUUCUCUUAUGAAGGGUCUGGCAGAGAAAGGUCAUGAAGUUACAAUGAUUUCUCCUUUCCCUGAAAAAAUUAAACUAAAAAACUAUCGUGAUAUUGUGACACCUAAUAUUUUGAAUAUAUUCAAAGAUCACACUAACAACACAAUAUCCUUACGAGACAACAACUUUGUAGAAAGCCUUAAAGAAGUUUACACGUUAGGAAUGAUAAUAUCAAAUAGCACUCUGUCAGAAUCUUCCGUUCAAGAACUUCUAGCUUCAAGGGAGAAAUUUGACGUGGUUGUAUGUGAGGUAUUCGUUACGGACGCUCUUUUUGGUAUUGCUGAACACUUUAAUGCACCCUUAAUUGGCGUGAGUACAUUCGGGGCACGUUUGUGGAAUACGGAUCUUGUUGGAUCGCCAACACCGCUAUCAUACAUGCCAAGUGAUUUUCUUCCGCACAGCCAACACAUGACCCUAUAUCAACGUAUUGAGAAUCUAAUCUAUAAUUCUGUAGAUUAUUACCUGUACACUUUUCAUCACCUUCCCAUUCAAGAAGAUCUCUUUCGUAGAUACUUUCCAAAUUCGAAACAAGGAUUAGAUAAAGUACGUAAAAAUACAGCAUUGGUGUUGUUAAAUUCGCAUGUGUCUCUAGGAAAACCAAGGCCAUAUAUGCCAAACAUGAUCGAAGUCGGUGGAAUGCAUAUCAAUCGCAAACACAAUUCGUCGGCGCUGCCUUCAGAAGUUAAAAAAUUCUUAGACGAAGCCAAGGAUGGAGCAAUAUACUUUUCCAUGGGCUCAGGCUUGAAAAGCUCAUCUAUACCUAAAGAAAAACGAGAUGCUAUCCUUGCAACAUUUAAAUCACUCAAACAACGAGUUCUAUGGAAGUUUGAAGACAAAAGUUUGCCUGUUAAAAGUGAUAAUUUGUUCAUAAGUGAUUGGUUCCCUCAGCAGGAAAUUCUCGCUCAUCCCAAUGUAAAGAUUUUCAUUACUCACGGAGGAUUACUUAGCACACUCGAAUCAAUUUAUGUGGGAAAACCCAUAAUUGGAAUACCCAUGUUCGGGGAUCAGUUUAUGAAUAUGGGACGUUCGGUUUCUGAGGGAUAUGGUAUUGCUUUGGAUUAUAAAAAGCUAAAUAGACAAACCUUCUCCGCUGCUAUUAACGAAAUGUUAAUUAAUCCAAAGUAUGCGAAAAAAUCUCAAGUAGUUUCGAAGAGAUACCGUGAUCAGCCGCUGGAACCAAUGGAAUUGGCUACGUAUUGGGUGGAAUAUAUUGCUAGGCAUAAAGGUGCUUCGCAUCUUCAUUGCGCUGGACAGGAUCUAAGCUUCAUUGAAUACCAUAACAUAGAUGCUAUAUUAGUUGUUUUUGUUGUAAUUUUAACAGUUGUAUUGUUGAUAAGUUUUAUAUCAUUUAAAUUAGUUAAGUAUUUAAUUCCGAAGAAGAACACGAAAGUUAUUAAAGUAAAGGAGAACUAA